AUGGCCGUCAACGGCAAGAGCAGGCAGGAUUGGAUGGACAAAUGUGCGUAUAGCAAUACCGAUUCAGUGGUACAAGGGACGGAUAUGCAGCUCCAUCUUGAGCAAGCGAACGGGUGA